GAAAACUUAUAGCGAAAGCAGAAUUGAACGGCGAAAUCAACCAGUCUCAUACAAAAUGCUUGAGAUGUGAAGUCAGUUUUUGUCAUCAGAGCACCCUUGUGGGCCGAAAAAACCUUCAGGAACGUUACUUUGAAUAAUGCAAGAGUUGAAAAAGCCACUCGGAAAACUUGCGGUUGGGGUCAACAUCGACACAGGCGUUGGAAGUCAUAAGUUCGAUUCGAGCGUUCAAUGAAAGGAGCGUUAGUGACGGUGGAAAUUUGUGUCCUCUGAGGUCCGUGAUUAUCAAGUGUAUUUGACAUAGUGUCGGAGACAAUUUCUAGCUGUGAUACAGACGGCCGCGAGCUGUAGUGAGCUCGCUGCUGUGCCCUGGAACGGACCGGAACAUUCGCGCUGGAAAGCAAGGUUAUGUGUUUAUUGUAAUGUUUCUUUCAAAUCCAAAUGUUUGUGGAUCGGCCAACGUCACAUGCACAACGCGUGACUGUGAACAUUUGGCAAAAUUCGGAAUAUUAUUUUGAUGUCAUUUUUAGGAGAAUGCAGACGGACAUAAUUCAAAUUUUAAUUAUUCACAAGCUUUAAUUCUGUUGACAAUAUUGGAAGGGAAAUAGAGCAGACAAAUUUGGAUGGGUGAAACGAAAACGAUGAAGUCCGUCUUUCCAAAAGGUCGAAGUUCGGUCCGGUUGGAUAUAUUUCCUGUUUCCAGUCUCACUCGGUCCAAAGGAAUGAAGGAAGACAUGGCUGAUCGUUCUCUAGUUCUUCACGUUGAUCAAACAGGAGACGUAAUGGAUGUAAACAUUGAUCAAGCCCCAUCCGAUGACAAGGAAAGCGAGCAACAAGCCUUGAUACAAACCUCGCAUCUUGAAUCGAAACAAACAACUCCAUUAUAUGUUUAUUUCUUAACUGUUUUUGCCGCCAUCGGUGGAUUUCUGUUUGGGUACGACACUGGAGUGAUUUCCGGCGCCAUGAUUCUGAUAAAACAGGAGUUUGAUUUGUCUUCUUUCUGGCAAGAACUAAUUGUUAGCGUAACCAUCGGUGCAGCCAUACUUGGUGCUUUAUUAGGAGGGUUUCUGAAUCAACAGCUUGGCAGAAAGCCUCUCCUUGUCGUUUCAGCCAUGGUUUUCACAGUUGGAGCUGUGGUGAUGGGGGUUGCUCCUUCGAGAGAGAUUCUUCUCGUUGGAAGGCUCACUGUGGGCUUUGGAAUAGGUGGGGCUUCUGUUACUGUCCCAGUUUAUAUUGCGGAAACAGCACCCUCAACCAUCAGAGGGCGCCUGGUCACUACAAACAAUCUUUUUAUUACUGGUGGGCAGUUUGUUGCUGCAGUUGUUGAUGGCCUCUUCAGCUCAUACAAAAAGAAUGGAUGGAGAUACAUGCUUGGCUUAGCUGCUGUUCCAUCCAUUGUGAUGGUCUUUGGUUGUCUGGUCCUACCAGAAAGUCCUCGCUGGCUUGUUAGUAGAGGCUACUCUGAACAAGCUAAGAAAGUGCUUGUGAAACUACGAGGCACUGUGAAUGUGGGUUCAGAACUUGAUGCCAUGAAAAAUGUUUGUGAUGAGGAAGAAUCGUUGCAUAAGAGCAAAUCUUGUUCAUUUACUCAAAGCGUAGUGUAUCAAGUGUUGACAACUUCAGCGACAAGGAAAGCUUUGUUGGUUGGCUGCAUGCUGCAGGCGAUACAACAGCUGUCUGGGAUUAAUACUGUUAUGUACUACAGUGCCACCAUCAUACAGAUGUCCGGAAUCCAGGGUGAUCAGCUCGCUAUCUGGUUAGCGGCCCUGGUUGCAUUUGGAAACUUUGCUUUUACCAUCGUAGGAGUGUGUCUGGUGGAGAGAAUGGGACGGCGUAAACUGUUGCUCGGUAGCCUGGCAGGAGUCACAUUCAGCCUGUUUCUUCUUGGAGGUGCCUUUUACAUGGCGAAGCGCAACGACGCCUCCAUAUCCGUACACGAGACGGCGCCUUUCUACAUCAAAAACAGUUGUCCCAGCUCUGGUUUCUGUUUAGACUGCUUGGAAGAUAAAUGCGGAUUUUGCUUCGUGAAAGAUGCCACGAACAACCCUGUCAAAGGCUCUUGUAUUCCUUUCAAUUCUUCAAGUGAUAACAGUGCGGCAUACGGCAGAUGCAGCAAAAAAGAUCACUCUACGACUUGGUCAUAUGCGGCGUGUCCUUACAAGUACGCCUGGUUAGCUAUAGUCGCUUUAGUACUUUAUAUAGCAGCGUUUGCCCCAGGGAUGGGACCAAUGCCGUGGACGAUAAACUCGGAGAUUUACCCCCUGUGGGCCCGUAGUACAGGGAAUGCUCUCGCUACUGCUACAAACUGGACUUGUAAUCUCGUGAUUUCUAUGACAUUUCUCACGCUGACCGAGUGGAUCACUCGCUUUGGAGCGUUUUGGCUUUACGGGGGAAUUUCGUUUUGUGGCUGGCUGUUUUUCUUCAUAUAUCUUCCGGAGACGAAAGGGAAAUCCCUGGAGGAACUCGAGCAUUUAUAUUUGUAGGGAGGUGAUUGUCUAACAACCAUGGUCUUUUUUGUCAAACUUUAUUUUUGUAUUUGAACAACAAUGAGGUGACUUUUAAGAGACAAACAAGCGAACGAAUGAAAUUUUAUUCAGUCAUUAUGGCUCCUGGUCUAGUGCAACCGGCAGAUCUAGAGGACCGAGAAGUGGUCUCGCCUCUCCAGUUACAAGGCCCGCUGCUGUAACAAAGCGCUCGAAGUCACACUCGCGCGCGAAAUCUCGCCCUACGUAGGCUAGAGUAAAACUAAAACUUAGCAAUCAAAUUGGCAAGAGUCUAUUUAAACAAAAACCUCGACUCGUUCAUUCGUACAAUGCUUCAUACCAUCAAUUAUCAUAGAGUUUGUUUCAACGCUGAUUUAGCCAGCGGCAUCAGACUCAUAAUAAUAAAAUAUUAUUGCUCGCAGCACGCUCUCAGCACAAAAAUAUUCCUCCCCAUUUUCUGCGGAGCUGGUUGCGACUCGCGAACGCUAAGAAUAUUGCAAGAAGAUCCCUUAAUUAUAGGACAUAUUCGCACGGGUAAUCGAUCUGGUGACGAGAUAAAUUAGGAGAUAAUUUACGCGCCUUUUGGGAAAAUUUUAAUAAUUUUCUUCGCCUUUAGGCGAGGGAAAUUAUUGGAAUUUUGACAAAGCGUAAGUGAUUUUUUUCCCCUUAAUUUUGCGAGUAUAGGCUUUUGACUUCUUAGUCAAGAAACCUCUCGCCAAACGUUACCAUGGCAAUUUUAUAAUUUCACAUGUGAAAUUAUAAACUAAAGUUACCCAUGAUAUUAAUUAAGUAUUCAACUCAAUUGGGGCAAAUUAAAGUUAUAAAUCAUAAUGUCAAUCUUGCUUUUGAUCUCUGUUUGUUUGUCUCGUGUCCGCGACAAUAACGACUCUACGCCAGUGUCCUUUUCUAUCAGAGGGCUGUUUAGUACCCGUACACCACUUGUUUUUUCAGAAGGUGUAAACCUUUAUUUAGUCACUGAAAAAAGUAACAUACAAUACAAUUACAACAAUUAAAAUUUAACAACUAACAAAAAGAACUAUUACGCAUAAUCUACGAAUUAGAGCAAUCUAUAAACACUCACGAGAAUCAAGCAAAAAUUGUGCCACAUAUAUAUAAAGAGGCAGACAUUGAAACCAAAACUCGCUGGAAUCGCUGUGAAACGGCCUUAAAACGCUACGGAAAGGAAAUGUCGAAGGAAGUCAUUUGUAAUGAAUUUCGAUUCUUUUAAAUAUUUCGAAUUGUUAUGAACGAUCAUUACACUUUCUUACAAAGUGUUAACUGUUACGCUGUGUUGCGCAACUGAAUA